AGGGUCUAGGUGGCUAUCGAUGUUCGCUUGGUAUCAUCUGUGCCGGCGACUCUUAAACAUUUUAAUAUUUUUUAACUUUAAGUAGAGUUCGUUGAGAAGACCAAUAAUGGAUAGCAUAAUUGGACGCAGUCAAUUUGUCUCGGAGACAGCCAAUCUUUUCACAGACGAAAAAACGGCAAUCGCUCGGUCAAAGGUGGUAGAGUGGUGCAAUGAACUGGUAACUGCCGCGGCACCCAUAAAGUGCGAAUUGCUCGUCAAGAUCCAGGAGACUAUUCUUGGAUCAUGUGUAGAGUUAGCAGAUGAGUUUCUGGAACCGAUCCUGUCUCAGGCUCACGACCAGAAUAUGGAGGUCCGCAAGCAGGUAGUCGCGUUCGUGGAGCAAGUUUGCAAAGUUAAAGUGGAACUACUGCCACAUUUGAUCAACAUUGUGUCCAUGUUACUUCGGGACAAAUCAGCUCAGGUUAUUAAGCGUGUGAUUCAGGCCUGUGGCAGCAUCUACAAGAACGGAUUGCAGUACCUGUGCAACCUCCCUGAACCCGGCGACAGUGCCGAGCAGUCAUGGAACAUACUUAGCCUUAUUAAGGCCCAGAUUCUUGAUUUGAUCGAUAACGAGAACGACGGUAUACGCACUAACGCCAUUAAGUUCUUGGAGGGUGUCAUCAUCCUUCAGAGUUAUGCUGACGAGGAUAGCUUGAAAAGGGAUGGAGAUUUUUCGCUAGCCGAUGUUCCGGAACAUUGCCAACUCUUCCGCCGCCAAAAGCUGCAAGAGGAGGCUAACAAUAUAUUCGACAUUAUGUUGCAGUUUCACGGCACAACACAUAUUUCAUCUGUAAACUUGAUUGCCUGCACAAGUAGCUUGUGUACGGUGGCCAAGAUGCGACCAGUAUUCAUGGGAGCCGUAGUCGAAGCCUUCAAGCACCUUAAUGCCAACCUACCACCAACACUUACCGACUCCCAGGUAAGCUCAGUUCGCAAGAGCCUUAAAAUGCAGCUACAGACACUUCUGAAGAAUCGCGGAGCCUUCGAGUUCUCCGCCACCAUUCGUGGCAUGCUGCUGGAUCUCGGCUCAUCUUCAAGCGAGAUUCAAAAGCUCAUACCUAAAAUGGACAAGCAGGAGAUGGCAAGGAGGCAAAAGCGCAUUCUGGAAAACGCUGCUCAAAGCAUGGCGAAACGGGCCCGACUGGCGAACGAACAGCGCGAACGAGAGAUGUCUCGAGAGAUGGAGCUCGACACGGAAGAGCUAGAACGCCAGAAAUUGAAGUCCACGCGGGUUAAUGAAAAGUUCCUGGCGGAGCAUUUACGCGCCCCUGAAACCGUAGUUUCUCUGGUUGUGGAAUUCCUGCCGACUCUUCCGGCAGAGGUUCCACCGAAGUUUCUAGACGAAUACACUCCCAUUCGGCAGAUGUCCUUGCAACAGCAAGUGAGUAAUAUUUCACGCAUGUUCGGGGAGCAACUUACUGAGAAGCGUUUGGGACCCGGAGCUGCCACAUUCAGUCGGGAGCCGCCUAUGAAAGUGAAGCAAGUUCAGGUGCGCGAUAACGAAAGCAGUUCCAUGGAAGUGGAUGAAGAGUCAGCAAGGAAACUAAGCGAGGAGGAGCUUCAGCGCAAGGAGGAAGCUACUAAAAAGCUGCGUGAGACAAUGGAACGCGCCAAGGGUGAACAGACUGUGAUCGAACGGAUGAAGGAGCGCGCCAAGACUUUAAAGUUACAGGAGAUAACUAAACCAUUACCGCGCAACUUAAAGGAAAAGUUCCUUACAGAUGCAGUGCGUCGCAUUUUGAACUCGGAACGCCAGUGCAUCAAAGGUGGUGUGGCCUCCAGACGUCGAAAGCUGGUCACCGUGAUAGCCGCCACAUUUCCGGAUAACGUACGCUACGGCAUAAUGGAGUUUAUUCUUGAGGACGUUAAACAACGCAUUGACCUGGCCUUUUCGUGGCUAUUCGAAGAGUACUCUCUUCUGCAGGGAUUUACAAGACACACCUACGUAAAAACUGAGAAUCGUCCGGAUCACGCCUAUAACGAACUUCUUAAUCAGCUGAUCUUCGGAAUCGGGGGAAAAUGCGAACACAAGGAGAAGAUUAUACUUUUACGUCGAGUGUACCUAGAAGCACCCAUUCUGCCCGAAGAUGCCAUUGGGCACCUAGUGCAGCUAAGUCUUAUUGACGAGUUCAGCCAGUACGGCCUUGAGCUUAUAAAGGACUUGGCGGUACUGAGGCCUCCUCGCAAGAAUCGAUUUUUGCGGGUCUUGCUCAAUUUCUCUGUGCACGAACGAGCGGAUCUCCAGGAUCGCGCUUUGGCUCACCUGGUGACCCUUUACCAUAUCCACAAAAUUCUUCCCGCCCGCAUUGAUGAGUUCGCUUUGGAAUGGUUAAAGUAUGUGGAGCAAGAGACGCCGCCUGCAGCCAUAUUUUCGCCGGACUUUGGCCGUCCCACAGCAGAUGCAGCCUGGUGUGAGGAUACAGCAAAAGUAUGCCUGGGUUUGGCACUUACCCUGAUGCCCUAUAAGCCGGAAGUUUACGUUGAGAAGGUGUGCCAAGUGUUUGUGUCCACCUCUUCGGAGCUGAAACGCACAAUCCUACGAAGCCUCGACUUGCCUAUUAAAAAACUGGGCGUAGAGAGCCCCGUACUUCUUAAACUGAUAGAAGAUUGUCCGAAAGGCAUGGAGACCCUGGUGAUCCGCAUCAUUUACAUACUAACGGAACGUGUGCCAACCCCGCAUGCGGAUCUGGUGCGUAGGGUGCGUGAUCUCUACCAGAACAAGGUCAAGGAUGUGCGCGUCAUGAUACCCGUAUUGAGCGGCUUGUCUCGUACCGAGCUUAUUGCUGUUCUGCCAAAGCUUAUCAAAUUAAAUCCUGCUGUGGUCAAAGAAGUUUUUAACCGAUUGCUCGGAAUCGGGGCCGAGUUUGCUAAUCAGACAAUGGCCCUGUCACCGACAGAUAUAUUGGUGGCCCUUCACACUAUGGAUCCGAGUGUUUGUGACCUUAAAUCUAUUGUAAAAGCCACUUCGUUGUGUUUGGGCGAACGUGAACUGUACACGCAGGAGGUUCUAAUGGCGGUUCUUCAGCAACUACUGGAGGUUAACCCGCUGCCCACUCUAAUGAUGCGAACUACAAUCCAAAGUUUGACUCUAUACCCCCGACUAGCCAACUUUGUCAUAAAUCUGUUGCAACGGUUGAUCAUAAAGCAGGUCUGGCGACAGAAGGUUAUCUGGGAGGGUUUCCUCAAAACAAUACAGCGCCUGAAACCUCAGUCUCUGCCGGUUAUGCUUCACCUUCCACCCGCCCAGUUGGUUGACGCACUGCAACAGUGCCCUGACCUAAGACCGGCACUGUUGGAGUACGCGGAGAGCAUCCAGGACGAGCCGAUGAACGGCAGUGGCAUUACCCAGCAGGUGCUGGAUAUUAUUUCAGGAAAGUCAGUGGAUGUAUUUGUCACGGAUGAAAGUGGUGGUUAUAUCAGUGCCGAUCACAUUAAAAAGGAGGUGCUGGAUCCUUCGGAUAUUAGUGUCAUCUCAACCGUACCUGUACUAACUUCUUUAACGCCUCUGCCUGUACCCGCGCCAGCCUCCAGCGAUCUUAACCAGCCUUUACCACCAGGGGAAGAUUAGUAAAAGCAGAUUGAUUUUGUUGUUUAGCCAUAAAAUUUCUGCAACCUACCUAAUAAGACAAUGGUUAAAUUUACUAUUUCAA